GGGCGGUGAUGUGCCAUGUAGUAUUGAGCUGAGAGAGGAAGAAGAGUUGGUGGGAAAUUUGACAGUGCGCGAAAAGUCUUCAAACUUAUGAACAUUUAGCUGCAGACGAGUGCAAAGUUGUUGCCUUAACUUAUGAAAACACGAGAUGGAUCGUUACGUUUUGGUAGUAUCUUUCUGCCCAAGCGACGACAACCUGCAAGACAGUCUAGCAUCACUACAACAAAUUUAUGACAAUCUUGUGAAUCUUUCAACGCCUGGAUCACUCAAUCAGAGUCCCUCAUUUCCAGCUUGUUCCCUCAGUGGAAACCCUUCAACUCAAAAAUGGUUAUUUGCUGUUCAGGCAUGUCAAGGACUUACACAGUUCUGCAGCUCUGAAUGGGAAGAGCUUGGUACAUGUCGCCAGAAGACGCACAGUGAAGAAGAAAUAUCCACCACCAUGGAUCUGUGUAUUGGCUGUUUGAAUGAUCAGGAGGCACUGGGUCAGAAGGUCGAUGAGGCAAUACUGACUGAGCUUUUAGAUGAAGCUGCUGAAGGAUUACAUUCAUUAUCAGACAAGCUCCCGCCUCCAGGUAAAGCACUGUUGGACGUGGUGAUGCUGGGCUCUUCUGCUCAGCCUCCUGCUCCCAAAGAGCUGCUGCCUCUGCUGGGAGCUCUUAAACACAUGAGCUGCUGGCACAAUGCUCAAAUCACCAUAGCGACACAGCACUUCAGUGUGUGGCAGAGAGCGGCCUCGUAUCUGAGUGCUGGUCUGGUGGAGCCCACAGCAUUGGACAGCUGUAUUGACCGUAGAGAAAUGUGGAGAGGGGCACUGCUUAUUAGAGAGAAAAAGUAUGUUUCAGAGCUACGUUUUGAUGGAUUUUCAUUGCGUUUGCCCAGCUCAUUCCAUAUCCAGACUUCUCACCCCAUAGAGCACAAACUACAUCAAGAGGUCUUCCAUUACUAUGCUCCAGUUUUAGAACUGGUGCAGUUGGUUUCUGUUUCUGAUCUGCCCAACUUUGUACCAUCCUCAACCACUUUUGAACUAGGCUUAUCUGGAAAGUCUGCAAAAGCAAAACUGUUCUUAGAACAAUUAAGAUCACUUCGUGGAAAGGUUGGUGCAGUGUUCAGCCUCUCUUGUACAGUCACUUCAAUCAUCCAGCCUCCUGCUAACUCGCUCUGCUCUCAGCGCUGGAGAGAGUUCCUAGCCACAGGACCAAAAUCAUCUGUUCCUGAGACUGAGGUCAAAGGUGAGAGCUCACACUACUUCCUGUGGGUCCAGGGCUCGGACAACCCCAGCGGCGCCUGUAUAGUCCGAAUGUUGAACUCUGACAAUCAGCUCAAUGGGUCUGCUGCCAUGACGACAGUGAUGGCGCUGCUGCGGGAGCCUUCUUUACCUGCGACAGGAGAUGCUGUUAGCAAAAUAGUUCGCCUCCUGCCUUGCCUUCAAGGAGAUUACAUGCUCAGGAGAGAGAGGAGGGUGGCUCAAGUUCAAACUCUUGUUCUUAAGGAAUAUCUGAAAAAGAGACAGGACACGACCGCAGUGCCAGUCGGCGAGUUGAAGGCUCUUCUGAAUGUGGCCAGGGAGCAGUGUCUGAAGGUGAUGGACUCCUCUCUACCCUCCUCUGCUCACACAGGCUACCAGGCCAGAGCUGCUGCUGCUGCUACUGCUCAGAACUCAGAUUUUCAAACAAGCUCUCAGCAGCAGACUGACUGGCCUGAAAGAAGUGUCCUCCAUAACAUUGAGAGCAUGCAGAGGAGACGGCAGAAAAAGAGAUUUGGUCUGUUAGGUCCAGGGUCCUCUGACAGCCUGCUGGGUCCUAAAGACAGUCAGAAGAGCUCUAUGGCUUUGUUGGAUGCCAAAGAGCUGCUGCGACACUUCACGGCUGACGGCACGCCCACCGGGGAGCUCCAGCCACUGCCGCUGAACAGAGGAAAUAAUGUAUUCCAGCUCUCACCAGACGUGUCUCCUGGCAAAGUCAGACACAUGCCCUUCAGCAAAGCCUCCGCCACUCAUUACCACGGCAUAGAGUUCUGUUUGGAUAACCUGCGUUCCUUGGACAGAGAUCAGUCAUUUGUGCGUCUGCAGUCUCGUCUGAUACGCUUCGAGACCCAAACCACCUGCACCAAAGAACCAGGUGCCCUCCCUUUUGCUCUAAGCCCCGCCCCUUCACCCUCAGUGAUGUCAGAACCAGGAAGUGUGCAUGAUGGAGAGAUGCUGCAAAAUGUAGAUGUGGCCCGACUAAAACGCAGGUCAUGGGAUAAGGAGAUUGUUGUAGGAUAUCCACGCAAGAGACUCGUUAAGUCCGAAAGCAGUGACUCGCUCUGUUCCCAGAGCAGUGGCAGCAGUGGGACACACCCUACAAUCCGAUCACUCAGAAGACAGACUGGCAGAUCUCAGUCCACCACUUCAGCCCUGACCUCCUCCUCUACAGGACACUCAUCCUCAGAUGCAGUGAACGUAGCUACAACUGACAAUCCUAAAGCUCCACAGCAUAAGACUCAAACACAGACAGAGGACAAAGCAUCAAAAGAAUCCCGUUCCCAGAAACACAACAGGAUGCUGCAGGAAGUGGUGGCUAAAACACUGAAACACCACGGGAUCAUUUCUGAACAUAAGUGCUUUGAGGCCUGCAGCAAAAGAUUGUUUGAUAUCUCCAAAUUCUAUCUCAAGGAUCUCAAAACAUCUCGGGGUCUGCAUGAAGAGAUGAAAAAGGCCGCCAGCAGCAACGUCAAACAAGUCAUUGAUUGGGUGCUGGAGAAAUACUCUAAGAAGUGAAGAUAAGUUUAAAGUGGAACAUUUUAAAAUUAUUUUGUUGAUUAUGUUUAUGUAUUUUGUACAUAUUUUACAAUUUUAAGUGUCAAAUUAAGUUGGCUUUACAAUUUAAUUUCAUUUAAAUUGAUUCAUUUUAUAUUUGAAUCACCUACAGUAUUUUAUUUUGUAGUCAUAUAAUGUUUUUAUAUAAGUCAGGGAUAAACAUAAUUUUGAACUGUGUAUAUAUAGUAUAUUUAUAUGUAAGUAUCUUAAUAAUUUUCUUUUUCCUGUGUUUGAUCUAUAUAUGUCAGUUACAGAAUAAAGGGGUCAUGAACUUAUCUUGUGGGUAGUACACCCGUGAAUAGCAUGAGUGGGUUAAGCUAGAAUAGAUCUUGUCCUAAAACAAUAUAUAUUGUAACGUGUGGGCAGACUGCCGCAGUACUUAUUAUUUACCCACAUCAAAGGAAGCCACAGACAAGGUUGAAUAUUGCUGAAAUAAUUGACACUCUUUUCCAUAUCUUACUCAUAGAUACCCUUAUUAUGAUCCACUUUUAUUUUUUGCAUAUUUUCCAUUUAUUAGCUCAAAUUAUAGGUUUGGUUUAUUUGUAGUGUUUUGUUAUUGGUAAGCAAUAUUAUCAUUUCUUUCUUAACAGUUUGCUGAAUUUUAGUACUUCCUGUUCAAGGCCACUAAACACAUAUUGAUAAAAUAUGUCCUUGUUUUAGUAGAUCCCUGCAGUAUCCAAAGCUGCAGACAUAUCAUUAUUUUACCACUUUUCUCACAUUAAUAUGACACCGGGGCUUUUUAUAUUUGCAUUGAAUAUCUUAGCAGGGAAAUUUCUUCUCAGCAAAGUAAAGUAUUAAAAUUACCCUAAAAGACCAAGACUAAAAUGCAAUUUUGACAAAAAUAUUAGUCUUUCACCAAGGACGAAUAUGCUUGCCGGUGAAACUGUUAACAGCCUCAUCUGGUUGGGCAGAAAUUUCAAUUUAUAAGAAAGCAGUUUAUCUAUCUCCCUAGGAACAGGUGUAAAAAGUUAAUUUCUGUCUCAGUUCUGGGCUGUCUGUUGGGGAGCCAAUUUUCACAAUAUGGUGAUUCUUGGAUCAUCGCCACUCAGUAAAGCCAUCUGUUGAUAAUGCCUUUAAUUGCCUGAGCUUUGUCAACCGUAAAACUAGCAAUAAAGCUUUGUGCUGCUUUUUAUAGACUCACAACAAUAGUAGACUCCUAGUAUAAUGUGCACAUUGUGUAGAAAUAAAAUGUGAUAGGGACAUUUCUAUUACAAACUACUCUAUUGAUUCAAGCAGGAUUUGUUCUGUGGAUAGUAGCAGACCCGAAUCAAUGACUUCAUGAAAUAAGCGGAUUUGGGCUACAAGAGAGAGGAUUAAUUAAUAACUAGGUCUGCUGCACCCAGUGAGCUAAUAGGUGUGUGCCAAGCCUGCCUCAGAAUAUCCUGGUAUCGAUUCUUCGAGUACCAGAGAAGAAAUUAUUUGACACUGUUGAUCAUGGGAUCCUCUUACAGAGACUGGAGGACUGGGUGGGCAUCUCUGGUACGGCACUAAACUGGUUCAAGUCCUAUUUAGAAAACAGGGAGUACUUUGUUGAAAUUGGAAAAUGUAUAUCAGAUAAAAUGUCCCUGACCUGUGGGGUGCCCCAGGGUUCAAUCCUGGGACCCCUGCUGUUCAAUCUCUACAUGCUGCCAUUAGGCCAGUUAAUACGCAGCAAUAAUGGGUCUUACCACAACUAUGCAGAUGACACUCAGAUCUAUGUCUCACUAGCAGCAGGUGAAUAUGGACCAGUGGAUUCACUCUGCCACUGCAUCCAACAGAUCAGUGUGUGGAUGCAAAACAACUUUCUUCUGCUAAACUCAGACAAGACUGAAGUUAUCAUCUUUGGCCCACAGAAACAUAGAGAAAGUGUCAGCAGUCACCUCCAGUCUCUCUCUCUAAAACCUUCAAAUCAGGCUAGAAAUCUAGGGGUAAUAAUGGACUCAGACUUGAACUUUAACAGCCACAUCAAAUCAAUAACAUCUGCAGCUUUUUACCAUCUAAAAAACAUUGCAAAAAUCAAAGGUAUACUGUCAAAGCCAGACUUAGAGAGACUUAUCCAUGCAUUUGUCUCCAGUAGGUUAGACUACUGUAACGGCCUGCUCACUGGCCUCUCCAAACGAGCCUUAACACAGCUGCAGUACAUCCAGAAUGCUGC